ACCUGAACCAAAAAUGGUGAGUGAGAGUCGUCAUGAGCGCCUGGCCGCCCCGCCAGUCACCACUGCUGCGACUGUGGUCCCACAUAAUGCCACCGAGCCAGCCGGUCCGGGGGAAGGAAAGGAAGAUACCUUCUCAAAGCUGAAGGAGAAGUUUAUGAACGAGCUGCAUAAAAUUCCAUUGCCACCGUGGGCCUUAAUUGCCAUAGCCAUAGUUGCAGUCCUUUUAGUCGUGACCUGCUGCUUUUGUGUCUGUAAGAAAUGUUUGUUCAAAAAGAAAAACAAGAAGAAGGGCAAGGAAAAGGGAGGAAAGAAUGCCAUUAACAUGAAAGACGUCAAAGACUUAGGGAAGACCAUGAAGGAUCAGGCCCUCAAGGAUGAUGAUGCUGAAACCGGAUUGACCGAUGGGGAAGAAAAGGAAGAGCCCAAGGAAGAAGAAAAACUGGGGAAACUCCAAUAUUCACUGGAUUAUGACUUCCAGAAUAACCAGCUGUUGGUUGGGAUCAUCCAAGCUGCUGAACUUCCUGCCUUGGACAUGGGGGGAACAUCGGAUCCAUAUGUCAAAGUCUUCCUGCUGCCUGACAAAAAGAAGAAAUUUGAGACAAAAGUUCACCGGAAAACCCUCAACCCUGUCUUCAAUGAACAAUUUACUUUCAAGGUGCCAUACUCGGAAUUAGGUGGCAAAACCCUGGUGAUGGCUGUGUAUGAUUUCGAUCGCUUCUCCAAGCAUGACAUCAUUGGAGAGUUCAAAGUUCCUAUGAACACUGUAGAUUUUGGCCACGUGACUGAGGAAUGGCGUGAUCUCCAGAGUGCUGAGAAGGAAGAGCAAGAGAAACUAGGGGACAUCUGCUUCUCCCUCCGCUACGUCCCUACCGCCGGCAAGCUGACUGUUGUCAUUCUGGAAGCGAAGAACUUGAAGAAGAUGGAUGUGGGUGGCUUAUCCGAUCCUUAUGUGAAGAUUCAUCUCAUGCAGAAUGGCAAGAGGCUGAAGAAGAAGAAGACAACCAUUAAGAAGAACACGCUUAACCCCUACUACAACGAGUCCUUCAGCUUCGAAGUUCCUUUCGAGCAGAUCCAGAAAGUGCAGGUGGUGGUAACUGUUUUGGACUAUGACAAGAUUGGCAAGAACGACGCCAUUGGCAAAGUCUUCGUGGGCUACAACAGCACCGGCGCAGAGCUGCGACACUGGUCAGACAUGCUGGCCAACCCGCGGCGACCCAUCGCCCAGUGGCACACUCUGCAGGUGGAGGAGGAGGUCGAUGCCAUGCUGGCUGUCAAGAAGUAAAGGGACGGGGGAGCCUUCCUGC